CCUAAAUGACCUCGCGCCUGUGCGUGCAAAGUAGGGAUGAGCCCGUAGAGUACAAGAGUGAAGUGUACUGGGUCCAACAUGAAUGCACCUAUCAGUUAUGAGAAGAUGACCUGGUCCAUAACUCCCGUUCCACCAAAUCCAGUGAGCAUGAAACUGUUUCUUCCUCCUCCAAUCCCCUUCUCCCGCAGACUCCCUGCUCCCCCUCUUCAUCUGCUGCCUACCAACUCCAAGCACAAUUCAACACUGAGAUGUCCGUGCUCUUGUAAAGUUUGCCAUGAGCACUCACAAAAUCUAUUGAACACAGUUCAUUCUACUAGAAGCAUGUUUGACGAAGCUCUGAACUAUAUAACAUCGACUAUGGACUCCCUGUUUUCUGCUUUAGGUGUAAAAACUUUGGGUGAAAGAUUUUUCUAACAUUUUCUGAAAGAGUUUGAUUCCAACAGUUGAAUCAAUAACAAAGAUUGAAAUAAUGUAGUUUUAUGUAAGCAGUAUCCUGUGUUUGUGUGGAUUUUGUUCACAAAAUUAAAUAAAUUGUUUACAGUUGAAA